CAAGACUCGUACACUAAAAGCAAACACACACACAAGGCGGUUGUACAGUGACUAAGGAAGGACAAAGACAGUGAAAAGAAUCACAUGGUAGUAAGAGCUUGACUAGUUCCAGGUGGGUGAGGAGAAAGUAAAUAGAAAAAACUGGUUUAGCAGGUAAACGAAUGAAACAACUGUUGUGGACUAAGGCUAACACGCUGAAAGUGAUGAGGUAAAUAUUUAAUCAAACCGAAGAUUUCCAACCUUCUCAAGCCACAAAUCGGAGACACGAGAGAGUUUGCACUGUGGUGACACAAUGACAUCGCCCAGGAAAACCUGGAUGUUCUCCUCUAUGCGUUCAAAGACUAGACCGUCGCUGGAUGAAGGGGAAAAUAAUUUCAGAAGAAGAUUGUUUUCUUCUUUCAGAAGUGAUCGACGUGAACAAAGAUCUGAAGGACUAGAAGAUGAUAAGAGAAGAACCCUCUCAGAUACAGAUAUUGAGACCAACAAAGGUGUCUUUCUUCCAGGUGAAGAACAACCAGAUAUGGGAGCCAUGAAGAGGUUCAGUACCUUAUUUUCGUCCUUCCGGGGAAAAAUCAGCAAAGACAGAACUGGUAAGGAACCAGAUCUACCUGCUAGCACAGAGCUCUCUACCGUGGAAGAAAAGGCAAAGGAGCAGAGAUACGCCAGUGGGCAGUUUUUCUUCGAAUAUCUGGUGGUGGUUCGGCCUAAGAAGACGAAAGAUGGGAUAUAUGAGCCACAGAUCAUCUAUCAGUUCCCUAAGAGAGAUGGAAUGGUGCGAUUUCAGAAGGAGGAGGAAGAGAAGACGUUAAAGGCGCUCACACUCUUUUGCUUUCCUGAGGGUGUAAACUGGGCGCCCUUAACAGAAUAUCCCAGUGAAACAUUCUCUUUCGUGCUUACAGAUGUUGAUGGAACGAGGAAGAAUGGAUACUGUAGGAGGCUACUGCCUGAUGGGAAGGGUGCUCGUCUGCCUGAGGCCUACUGUAUCAUCAGUAAUUUAGCCUGUUUCGGACUCUUUUCCAAGAUCUUUGAUGAGGUGGAGCAGCGCAGAAAAAUCUCAAUGGCCAUGAUUUACCCAUUUAUGCAGAGUUUGAGGGAGUCUGCGUUUCCUGCCCCUGGACACACUGUUAAUAUCAAAAGCUUCAUUCCAGAAAGAGGCACUGAGAUCAUCAGUUUGACUCGUCCAACAGACUCCUGGCUGGAGCAUGUAGAUUUCCGCACUUUGUUCAAAUGCCUGUCAGAUGAGGAGGUGCUCCAGGUGUUUGCUGCUACUGUAUUAGAGCGGAGGAUCAUCUUCAUUGCUGAUGAGCUUGGGACGCUGUCUCAGGUGAUUCACGCGGUGACUGUUCUCCUGUAUCCAUUCAUCUGGCAGCACACGCUGAUUUCCAUCGUUCCUGAGAUCCUAAUCGACGUUGUCAUGGCACCCACACCAUACCUGCUGGGUGUUCAGAAAAGUCUUGCAGAUCAGGUCACUGACCCGACCGAGCUGCUUGUUGUUGACUUGUCAGAAGGCAGGAAGGAGACAUUUAUCAAGUGUAUGGGAGAUGAGGACACAAUAUUACCUCACAAACUCAAAGAUGAAAUCAAGCAGGCCCUCAGUGCCAAAAAUGAGAAAUCAAGUCUUGAGGAGUUGAACCGGGUGGUUCCAGAAGCUUUCCUGCCAUUCUUUAUCAAGACUGUUGGCCACUUCGCUAAGUACAUUGUACGGAACGGCAAAGAGCAGCGUGGCGAGUUCCAGCGAACGAAUUUCUGUAAAGCGAUAGAAUCCAAGAGCACACGACGGUUUGUGAAGAAAUUUGUACAGACGCAGAUGUUCGACCUCUUCAUUCAGGAGAUGGAACAGAGACCCGCGUCUCAGGAUGGCACAGGCUUUUUUGACAAAAAGAUUUCUGAAUACCAGAAGAAGAUUAAGGAGAAAGCCAAGAAACACUAGUGGAACCACUCACCAAAGUAGCUGGUUGUAAAUCUUGUGUGAAAUAAAUCAGUCAGUAGUAAAUAAUUUUAAGGAAUGUAGAUAGAAUUAAAUGUCAGAUUAUUUUUUAUUUAUGUUGUCAUGUGUUAGUUGUCAUACUUUUCCUGCUGUUUGUUAUGUGUGUCAGGGUCUUGUUUUGGUUGUUGUGGGUAACUAUUGCGAUAAGCUGCUGUAUUUAAUGCAUGUGUAGGGCUUGUUUCAACUAGAAACGUUUUGACCAGAAGAUUCAAUGUCACAGAAACUGAGCCAGUGGAAACAUGCUGAAUGGAAAAACAGUUUUGAAAUGAAAUUCAAACAAAUGGUACAUUUCAUCUCCAGAUAUCACAAAUAAUUGUAAAAGCACUGAAAUGUGUCAAAAUAUUUAACAUGUUUCUUCUAAAAUUAAAAAGAAAGUGUGUGA